CUGCCUUGGUGGCUCCCAAGUCAGGUCCAGGGUCUGGCGACUCGUGGGUACGCGCUGCAGGCUUUGGCAAGGCUCGCUGCCGCCGAUAUCACAUCUCACAUCCCAAUUGCAUCGAAACUCACAUCAUUCACAAGGCUUUCCCCAAGGCUCGCUCAAUUGAUGCUCCUGGUGCCUGAUUUUCCGGAUUUUGUCUGCCUGCCCGCCAGCCAGCCAGCCAGCCAGCCAGCCACGUUCGGUCUUGUUGGGGAAACGAACUCGGCUCAGGUUGCUCUCGGUCUGAUCGCGGUCUGUGACGUGUUGGCGGGGCAGGCCUCUGGCGAUGCGGCCAUAGUUGCUUAUCACUGUCCCUCGAUGGGUUGCCCUUUCGGGAACGGAAACGCCCAAGGUCAACACGGCAAACACGAAGUUCAGUCCACAAAUCCCAAACCACCCAGCGCUCUGACGUUCGGUUCGGAGAAGCCAGCGAGCACUCCAAACAACGGUCCCGACGCUGUGUCAGGACUCAGCGGUCUGCCAACACCAAUCGGCCCAUGUACCAUUUCCGCGGAUUCUCAAAGCCUUGUGUCUCGCAACCUGUCUCAACUUUGACCACAGCCAGCCGCUCAACAUUGCCGCCAUGGCGCCAAAAGGGAAAAAAAGAAAGACUCAACAAUUAGACAGUCAACGUUUUGAGUGAGGAUCUCUCGGACAUACCAGAGACACGGUCUUGCUUGACCACUCGGAACAUCUGCCAAGUUCUACAAGAACGCUGUCGUACGACAAGAGGCUAGAUGGCUAGCGUGUCUGCUGUCGCAGGCGGCUGCUAACUGUCA